AUUAAAAGAAGAAAUAAUAACGCACGUAUUUCAGUAAAAAGAUAUUCAUUCUAUGUGAGUUAAUUCAUUACUUGAAAAACGUUCGCUCCCAAUUUCAUAGAAACGCUAUUUCGGAAACGACCACCUCUUUUUACGUAUGAAUGGAUAUCAUUCACAAAUGACAACAAUCACAACUACUACAUUAAAACAACAAAUAGUACGAGAUUAUGAUGACAGUUUCAAGUGACAGUUGACAGCUAUAAAUGACAGCUAUUUUUGCUUUAAUUCAUUAACAAACAAUCUAUCUUUAGCUCUUAUUAUCUGUUCUCUUUCUUUUCAACGACAUUUUUUUUAUUCCUCCCGUAUAUUUAGUUUUACAUACAAUUGUUACAUUUCAUAUAUUUUCCAAUAAAUUUUAUAUAUAUAGAUAUUCUUUACAUACUGCGUUUAUUUGCACAACGAGAAAUGAGAUAUGUGUGUUUCAGUCCAAUUCAUAACUUCAACAUGAAAUUUUGACGUAACAUGUUGGGCAGCAUGUGUAAUUAAAAUGCCUUAUAUACAACUUUAGUGGAUGACCCACAACCCACAUACAUAAGCAACUUUAAAUAUUUAAUCAAAUUUAAAAUUUCAUCAUGGCUAAAUCAAAAUUUAGCGAUGUUGAUGAAUAUGGUUUUAAACGUGAUAUCAAUUUCGAUUAUGCAGCUUAUGACAGUAUUAUGACAAAUUACUAUAAGGUAUUGACCAAACGUCGCAUGAAAUGGCAAAAUCUAAUGAAAAAUCCAUCAAAUUUUCAUAUAAAAUCUUCCAAGCUGAAACGAUAUAUUCGGAAAGGAAUUCCAGCACAUAUUCGGGGAGAAAUUUGGAUGCAUAUUUCCGGCGGAUUCAAAGCACUAGAUAAAGAACCGCUUUUAUACCAAAGCCUACUUGCCACACAUUACGACAUAGAAAUAGUGGAUGCCAUUCGAAUUGACCUACCUCGUACAUUUCCCGAAAAUGUAUUCUUUGAAAAUAUUCGAACGCCAUUAUUCAAUGUGCUAAUUGCUUAUGCAAAUCAUAAUAAAGAUAUUGGAUACUGCCAGGGCCUCAACUAUAUUGCAGGUCUGAUUUUGAUUGUCACAAAAAAUGAAGAAUAUACAUUUUGGCUGUUGAAAAUUCUAAUAGAGGAUAUUACACAAAAUUAUCAUACAAAGACAAUGAGAGGAUUGAUUACUGAUAUUGGGGUUCUACAUGGACUUAUUGAUGUCCGAGCUCCUGAAAUAUCUCAACACUUGGAAACGAUUGGAAUGCCAUUCCCUGUUGUUACAACAAAAUGGUUCAUAUGUAUGUUUGCAGAAGUUUUACCAGUUGAAACUGUUCUACGGAUCUGGGACUGCGUGUUUUUUGAAGGCAGUAAAAUACUUUUUCGUGUAUGUUUAACAUUGUUCCUGCAACAUAAAGAUGAUAUUCUUGAAUGUGACGAUAUUUCCGUACUGGCAAAUUUAUUCCAUUCCAUCGUUAAAGAUGCUGAUGCAACAAAUUGCCACGAAUUUAUUAACAAUAUAUUUCAUGUUCCAGGAGUUUUAAAACGUACUACAAUUGAACGAUUGCGCGUUCAAAUUAAUUCAAAAACAGUAAAUGAUAAAAGAAAUUGAAUGAAUUAUGUAAAUGUACCAUACUCAUUCAGAAAAUAAAAUCAUUCACUUUCUACUUUUCCACACAUUUAAUGUGAGAAUAUUCAAUCUACAAAAUAAUAAAGAGUCUUACGGGAGUAAGACGAACUUUUCCGCACGGUG